GGAGAUAAAACAGUUGACACGAAAUUACUUGCUGUAAGCUUCUUACUCUAAGCAGCUCUGCCCAUGAGUCUCAGUUGUAGGCGGACUCUCUUCGCUGCAGGCCACUCGAACGGAUCGGCCGACGCAACCUGCACUUAUUUGGAAUCGGCGCUCGUGUGGCUGUGGCAUCGGAAACCAGCGUUUGAACUUACAAGAAAACAAAAUAUGUCUUGAUAACUUCCUGUUAAAGGAGAUUUACUUCAAUGACAGUGUUUGCUGUUUGGUCCUGAUAAAUACAAUGGAGAAAGAGGAUAAUACAGAAGGGGAGGACAGUAGAAUGUCUGCUGAUUUCGGCACCGUUGAAGAGCUGAAACAGAGCUGGCAGAAGUGGGUUAAUGAUCGUGCCGCAUAUCAGGAACACAAUCCUUUCAGCAACAAUAGGGCGAUGACAGUGCAAUUCAAGAAAGAAGAAGAGGGUUAUGGGAAACCCAGGGAAGGAUCAGAAACAGAACGCAGAGGAAUGGAAGCCCACACACAUGUUGGAAAAGAAGUAGAGGAACUGUGCCAGAUCAUUGCCAGCAUUGGAGAAACUGGAGAGGAUGGAAAAAUCAAGGUGACCUUUGGCAAACUCUUUGAGAAAUAUGUGACCAUUUCUAAUAAGCUGGUUGGAGUUUUGAUGAGGGCCAGGAAGCAUGGACGGAUAGCCUUUGAAGGGGAGAUGCUUUGGCAGAGAAGAGACGAUCAUGUGGUUAUAACUUUGCUACAGUGAGGAGAAAUGGAAUGUCCACAAUGGCCAAAGUAAAAUGAAGUGGUGAUGUCAGGACAAGUAACAGAGAACAGCAAGAGAUGGCCUAGAAAGUAGUCUUUACAAAAUAAAAAAUAUCGCCGUGGUGUUUGUAUCCAAUGUGACAUCAUCUAAGUAAAGCAGCUCUAAUUAUCUUACAUAAUGAAGCUGAAGUAAUUUGGCCAACACCUGGCUCCACUUUCAAAGUGUACUAUAGGGACAGACUGUAAAUGUACACUGCCAUUCUCUCUUUAGUUGUUUUGUCAUAAGGUAUGUUUCAUGUUUAUUUGAGCUAAAGAUAGCUUUAGAAGCAAUCUUAAACAAAUUCUGAAAAAUGUUAAUUUCACUUACCUGUAAGAUUUACUUUGGGUGAAUAGGAGGCCAGUGAUUAAUCUGAUUAUUCUGGUUACCUACAUUCAUGUUAUACAAAGGCACACUUUUACAAAUGCACUGUUAAAUUCCCCACAUUUGUUUGGUUUACUACACCUCAGGGUCCAGAGACUAAAUAAGAAGUUUCAGUAACUGUCCUAAAUGGGAUAUCCCUUUUCUAUUGUAGUAGGUGCUGAAAGCAAGGAAUCACUGGAGAUUAUUAUGGGAGUGAAUAGGGAAACCAGAGUAUAUUGUAACUUAAUACUAAAACACAAUGGGUGGUUAUUAAUGAACAGUACCAUGACCAGUGAACAAUGUCGCUGAUCAGUCCACAAAAAAAUAUGAAUAGCAUUGCCUUGUUAAGUAUCAUAAAAGGAAGAAAUAAUUUGUCAUUUAUCACAUUUGGAAAGAUAAAGAUUGUAGGCAGUAGUGUAGCACUUGUAAACCUAUCCUAAACAUAGGCAGAGACAGCAUGGUUUACAGGGAAUUCAGAAGCAACCAGUUGCAUGUCAAUUCCCCAGACUGACCUGUCAUAAAAUAUUUUAAGAGACAUACUUUUUUAUUUGUUAGGAAAGACAUUUAGAAGAUACAAAUGCCAGGGUUAAAUUAUAGCAAAUAAGGGAGAUACCACAAUCAAGGGCUACUCACUCCCAAAAAUGUCUAAACAAAGGUUGGCAGCACCGAGGCACUGUGUUUAUUUAGCACACCCACCUCACAGCUCCAGUCACUGUCUGUAUGAAGGUUUCUCUGUUUUUCCUCCCAUUUCACAGAGAUAUGUGUGGUGGUUAAUUAGCAACACUUAAGUGAGUCUGGUGUGGUAUGGACCCAGCGCUGGUAACCGUAACUUUGAGAUAGAUUAAGAAAUGAGUGGAUGCUGUUGAAGUGCUAUUCACAUAAAAACACUUUUUUCUUCUAACAAAAUGGGAGUGAAAGCACUGCAAACUACAACCUGAGACAUGUCGAUCUUAAUUUGACAUUGUUUUACAGUUACUAGGUGAAUAGAAAUUAACUGAAUAGAUGAAAACAACUUUGAGACCUGUUAGUUUUAUUUCUUUAUACCACUUUUCAAUGAGUACAGCCUUAAAGUGCUUGCACAUAUUAACAAUUACAUUAGCAAUAAAUUCCAAACCAUAUAUGCUUCCAUAUACAGUAAAUUAAAUUUAAUACACAGUAAACAAAGCAAGUUCAUUGAUUACCAUAGGACAUAUCAAGAUUUCAUGAGUUGUUUUUAUUCUUAUUGCUCCUCAAGGUAUACUAUUAGUUUAGUUUUAUUAGAAUAGCACUUGCACUUUCAGUGGAUCACGUAAAGAGAUUGUUACAUUAUAUAUGCUUAUGUACAUUUAGGCUAAUGGCUUUUGACUUGCCUACAUCCUGAAUAUUUUUGGAAUAUCAAAUCCUUUACUUAUUCCACAUUGCAUAUGGAAAAAAUAUUAUUUUCAUGAAAAAAUCUAUUUUGAGAUUUCAAAAAUAAGACACAUUUUUCUAUCCUUGGAAAAUGUUUUGGGUAUUUUUUGGAAAGCUAUCUGUAGAUCCAUGGCAAACAUUUUGUGGAUACUAUAAGUCAAGAACAAAUAGCUCAAUUAUGAUUACAUUUUAUGGAUCACUUGUACUUGUUAGUCUUAAGAGUAGAUUAGAUUUUGAGUGAAUUAUCUUCAAGCUUUUACAGGUAAAAUUUUUUAAACCAAUACAAAAAAAUUACUAAAUUUGGACAUGUAAUUUAAGACUUUGAAAAGAGUUUAAUUCAAAGCUCAAGUUUUUAAAGUUCAAUAUUUUCAAGUGCAGUAGCAGAAUUGCAUCUUGAAUUAAUUUUGUUUAUCUUACACCAUGUACUGUACUUACAACCAUGACUAAAAUAUUGGCACCCCUGCACUUCUUUCACAAAACUGUUGCAAUUACAAAUGCUGUAGUAUUCACGUGUUUGCUGGUUUGCUUCUUUUGUUUGCAUUGGAACAACACACAAAAAAGCAGAGAAAAGUCUAAUCUGGUAUAAUUCCACAAAGAACUCCAGAAAUGGACUGGACAAAUUUAUUGAUACCUUUACAAAAUGUAAAGAAAUAAUUGGAUUUCAAUCAUGUGAUGCUCCUUUAAUUUGUGUUUAAUCUCACUUAUGGCAGAUAACAGGUACUGGAAAUGUAGGAAUCACACUUGCAUCCAGUCUGGAGAAAAAUUGACUCAGUCUUUCUGUUUUGUGUGUACCACACUAAGCAUGGAACAAAGAAAGAAGAUCAAAGAAUUUUCUGAGAAUUUGAAAGCCAUGUCUAUGGAAAAGCUUGGACAAUCUCAAGGCUACUAGUCCAAGGUAUAACACAAUCAACUUGCACUAUCCAUCACCAUUUGAAUGAAAUGGGACACUAUAAUAGGAGACCUCAAGAAGACCCCACUGCUGACACAGGAACAUAAAAAAGUGUUUGCGAAGACUUACCUGAAGAUGCCAACAUACUUCUGGGAGAACACCUUAUUGACAAAUGAGACCAAAAUCGAACUUUUUGGUAAAGCAUGUCAAUGUACUGUUUACAAAAAAAAAAGAUGCCUUUAAAGAAAAGAAUAUGAUCCCUAUGGCCAACCACGGUGGAGGUUCACAGAUAUUUUGGAGGCUGUUAAAGAAUAUUGGAAUUCAAUGUAGGGUCCUGUGUCAGAAAGCCAUGUCUCUGUCAUAUUCUUCCAGCAGGAGCAUGAUCCAAGGCAUAUUUCAGAAAGCACCCAAAAUUGAUCUAAGACAAAGUGCUGGAGAGUUUUGAAGUGACCAGCAAUUAAUUCAGAUCUAAAUCCCAUAAGAACACCAGUGGAAAGAAAGAUCUCAGAACAACAGUUGGGAGAAGGUUCUCCAGUAGAGAGCUGAAAGAAACUCACUCAUGGUUACAGAAAGAUUGAUUUUAGUUGUUUCCAAAGGAUAUGCUACAAAAUAUUACAUUGAGAGUGAUGAUUCUGUCCAUUCCAGUUUGUGGAAUGAUAUCAGUUCUGAACUUUUUCCCCCUGCUUUUUUCUGUUGUCCCAAUGCAAACAAAAGAAAUUUAAACUGUGAAUAUCAAAACAUUUGUAAUUGCGACAGCUUUCUGGGAGAAGUAAUGCAAUUUCUGAAAGACGUUCAAGGGUGCCAAUAUUUUUGUUCACGUUUGUUUUAAAUAUGGAGAAAGUCAUGUGUUGGUCACAUCAGAUUUAUUUUUAAAUAAUAUGCAAGACUAAGAAAUCUUCAAAAAUGUUCUGAUAAUAGGCACCUAAAUGGUGAGUCUGCUGCCUUACAAAUUACUGAGUUUGAGGUUAAUCUCCAAGUUUUGGCACUGUCUGUAUGGAGUUUGCAUGUUUUCUCAUGUCUCUACAGUCUUUUGUCUGGUUUUCACUUCACAUGACAUAGAUGUGCAGAGUCAGUUAGAGUUAGUUAAGUAGUAAGUCAAACUGGUCCCCUGUGAGUGUGCCCUCUGAUGCUUUGCAUUUCAUCCAGGGCUAGUUUCUGUUUUGCGCUUAAUGUUUUGAGAUAGGCCCAACCCCCUCUUGUGAUGCUGAACUGGAUUGAGUGGGCUUUGAUAGUGGAUGUUAUGGUUUUUUUCUUUUCUAAAAAUAUGUCCCCGUCCACGUGUCUUCCAAAGCUGACUAAACCCUUAGAGAGUUGCAGGGAAAUGGACACCUGCCCCAGUAGCACUUGAGGCAAGACAAGGUAAAAAAAAAAA